CUGCUAUCGGCAGAAGGAGAUGCACAGCAGAGGAACAACACAACACGAGCCCACCACGCGGGGUUCUUGAUGCGUUUCGCCUUGUCGCUAGCUCUAUCCGGUCGCCGAGCAGUAUAUAGUGCCUUUUUGUCAUCUAGUGCAGGAACUUCGACAACAGGAGGACUGCGACGAGAGGAGGUACUGGGCCCUAGGCGUUGCCGAGAUUCGAUUGGUUUAUUAGUGUUGGUUUGUGAAUGCCGGAAGAGUUGGGAGAGGCUCUCGAGGAGCGCACGCGGACGCGAUCCCCAGGACAGUGCAAAAGUACGGCGGUGAUAACGCACAGGAUCACGUCCUUGCACGUUAUCGAAAAAGCCUGCUGGCACUUGACGGAUGGGUGGACGUCGCGUAGCAUUAGUGCCUGAUAAUGCCUUCUUUUUGAGUUUAGAUUUUUGUGCCUAAC